CCUUCUUCUUCUUCAUGCUCCACGGACACAUAAAUCACCGCUCUUUCUUCCAUUUAUUCAUGCGAUAGACAGUGAGAGCAUCGAAGGCUUGCAUGAGAGCGGUGAUGGCGGAGGAGAUUAGCUCGAGGAUCAGAUUGGUUUUCCAUGGAGGCAUUCUCAGCGAAUCGCAGGUAUCAGAGGGUUUGGAGAACACCUGGGUCCUCCUUAAACCCCAGCACCAACGAACAAUUUCAGACCUCGGCUCAUACAUUCUCCAGAUUUUCAAUCUCCAUGAAUCUUGUCCCUGUGGCGUUCUUCUCUCUAUGGAUGGGUUUGCCUUGCCCCCCUUUGAGUCUAGUAGUAUUCUGAAAGAUAAAGAUGUUAUAAGUGUGAAGAGACGAAUAGGUACACCAGCAAUUGAGUGCAAUGAUGCACCUCUAAAGUCUCGACCCUUGCUUUUGGCCAAUGAGGAAUUUAACAAGGAAAUCAGAGGUUAUGAAAACAAGGAACCAAAAGGCAAUGAGAAAGCCAAGGUCCAUGUUAAAUUUCAUCUUGAGGAUAAACUGGGAGAAGAUGCAACCCUCAAGAAAAAGAAGGCCAAUGGAAAGAGAAAAUCUGGCACAUUGGCUAUUGAAUUCAAUGAAGAGUCUUCAAAAUCUGAAUCUUUUCUUUUAGCCAAUCAGGUAUUCAACAACGAAACCGGAGGUUAUGAGAGCGAGGAACCAGCAGAAAAUGGGAAAAACCAGGGCUGUGAUACAUCUCCUCUAAAGGUUAAGUUGGGUGAAGGUGCAACCUCCAAGAAAAGGAAGACUCUAGAAAAGCUUUCGAAGAAGAAGAAGAAACAUCGCUCUGAAAUUAUGGAGCCUGAUAUUGAUGAUGAGGCUGAGCACGCCGAGGAAGUGCCACUAGUUUUGAAAAGGGAGAAGAGCAUUCACAAGAGUAGGAAAAAAUCUGUCUUGAAUGAGAAGGAUUGUGCCGAAACAAGCGAAGUUAAUGUUACUGAACCUGUCACAAACAUGGGAAAGAGUGUUCACAGUGAGCAGCAAAUAUCCGACUCAAAGAAGAAGGAUGAUGCUGGAAAAAGUACCGCUGAUGUCACUGCACCUGUCACAAUCAUGAAUGAUAAUAUGAAAGAGACUGAAAAGGACAAUGUGGACACGACACCCAAGUCAGAGGAAACUCCAAAGCGGCGUAGUAGGAAUGCAAAAAGAAAAGCCGCAAAGAGGCAAUGGUUGCGGGAAAUGGCAAAAAUUCAGAAGGCAAAUGCUGAUCCUCAAUCUGAGGCAGUUAGAAAUUGGAAAGAAAUGCAAUCUAAACCUGUAAGAGAAGAGUCAGCUGGCCAACCAAAUGGACAUAAAUCAAGUGCGGGUACUGAAGCAGAGGCACUCAAAUAUUGGAAAGCAAUGCAAUCUAAAUCCGCUAGAGAAAUUGCAGCUCGCCGGCCAAAUGGUCAUAAGAUAAAUCUUGAUUCUCGAUCAGAAGCACUUAGGAAUUGGAAAGAGAUGCAAUCUAAAGUUGGUACAGAAGGGACAACCGUUCAGCCAAACGGAAAUCCCAACACAAAAUGGGGCCAGGCUAGUGUAAUGAGUGAAGAGGGUCUCAAUAAGCCAAAUGGACCUCAAAAUUGGAAGCAAGAACAAAGUAGAGUGAAUAGUGGAGAGAGUGUAAGUCUACAAAAAGUACACAGAAACUGGACCCAUGGGCAAAUCGAGGUGAAGAAUGGAGAAGAUGUAAGAGUAGGAAAUCAGGGAGAAAGUACCUAUGAAAGAGGGGAGGCAUCUGAUCAAGUAAAUGGGCUUCUACACUUGAAUGAAUUGCAUGCCGAUGAUACAGUUAAAGAUGCUGAGGAACAUAUACCAUCAGAUGCAAGAAACAAUUCCUGUGAUAAACCAAAUGAAAAUGGCGAUAGUGAUAGCGAUGAUGAAACUGUUGUUCCUGUUGAAAUAAGGCCUGGGCACAUCCGAUUUGAGCCUUUGGGGAAAGAACGAACUCCGGAACAGACACAAUUGAAAGCAAUGAAAAAUUAUCAUUGGAAUGGAAUCACCAGCAAGAAAAAGGGUCAGAAAUGGGGCACUGAGAAAUCUUCAUUUUUCCAAAGAAUUGAAGUUAAUAAUGAUUCAAACAGAGAACAAUCUGAAAUGCCUGAUGCUGAAAUGCAUAAUGCUGAAAUGUUAAAGCAGUCUGCUGAGCCAUUUGACUUUACUAAAGUCCCAUUCCUCUCUGGUUCUCCAAAGGAAGGUGAUGUGAUCGCAUAUCGGUUGCUUGAGCUGUCAUCCACCUGGACCCCUGAGCUCUCCUCCUACCGGGUUGGGGAAGUAUCAUCAUAUGAUUCUCAAUCAGGUGUAGUUUCAUUAAUGCCAGUCCCCAAGUUUCCAAUCCCUUGUAAGAAACCUGACGGGGAUGAUGAAUCUUCCAUGCAACCUGAUGAUAGUGUAUAUAAAGAGGACGGAUCGUUGGAGAUAGUUUUCUCUUUGCUUGCUGAAGUUCGUAUUCUAGAACAUAAAACGAGAGUUCCUGGUAGCUCCUGUGAUGACAGCGUGGCUGGAGAUGACUCUACCUUGUUUACUACUACUGCCAAUGUGCAAACACCUGCUUCCAUUCCACCUGAAACCCAAGAUUUGAUCCAUGGUAGUGAAAAAAUGCAUUCCACCGUUAAAGAAAAUGAUGCAAACCCAUGGGACCAAUUCAGUGAAGCUAUUACUGCAAAAAAGCUACAACUUUCCCAGGAGAAUUCAGGCAAGCCUUUGUCAUAUAAAUCAUUGAGGGGCACUGCAAUGGGCCCUACGCUGGCUUUUCUAAGAUCGAUAAAGCAUAUAUGAGACGGAACAGUAAAUGAAUUCUCCCUUUCCACACGCACGAUGACUACUGUUAUGGCUGCUGUUUCACCGGAAUGGAGAAUGUAAGUCUGGUUUUCCAACUUCAAGUUGUAACUAUACUUUGCUUUUGCUUUUUGUAUGUCAUGAAGAUGGUAGGAUUUUUCUGAUUUUUUUUUCUCUUCAAGAAUGAAAAAAAUAAUAAUAUAUUAAAGCAUUAUGUUUUCCCAGAACAAGGAAUAAGUUUUGUGCUGCACUGAAGCAAACACUAAAAGGCAAAGCUGAGUGAGUAUCUUGAAGUUCACUUUGCCUUGUUUGGCU